GAGAAGAGGCUGGAUUUCUGGGCGAAAAUGGCUCCAAAACCAAAACACCAGAAGACUUCAAAAGGAAAGGAACACAGCAAGUCAAAAGAUGAAAAUGAAGUUCCCAUUAAGCUUGAUCACUGUGCUUUGAACUUUCCAGAAGUGCUGGCCAUAGACCAUGAGUUCUCACUCCCAAAAUACACAGCUGUGGUGUCGCGUCCCGACGGCUCCAUUUCGAUGGAGGACGUGGAUCGGAUUCAGCUCGAGCUGGAGGCCCUGCUCUCUGCGGCCACCAUCAGACGCAAGACACUUAGCGCCGAAAUAAAACUCAUCAACAGCCUCGACAAGAGACGCAGCAGGCCCAUCACCACGGUGGCGCCCAGCUCUCCUGGGAAGCUCAGUAGGAGUGUAGACCGGCCCGCGAAGAAGUUCAAGGACUCGCUGGGCCGCGCCAAGGACGCCACACCGCUGAAACCGACCAAAAUCCGCAUCUCAUCCGGGCCUAGCCAUCCUCCGGAGCACAGUGCAGACAUCCUGCCGCAAAUCAAGGCCGACCCGUGCCUGCCCUCGCCGCCCGUCAAGAAUGACGUGCCCAACAAGUUCUGGGCGGCGAUGGAGCAGUACUGCGGACCCAUCACUGCCAAAGACGUGGAGAUGCUGGAGCGUCUCAGUGCCGAGGAGGAGGACAUGGAGGAAUACCUCAGCGCUCCUCCGCUGGGCAAACACUACACACUGCGCUGGGCAGAGGAGGACGGCACGGCCGACGGCGAGUCGGGGGAGGACACCGACUCGCAGAGUGGAGCGAAGGCGAAGGGAAAAGGCGAUGACGAGGCGGCCGGACUGGGCGCCCUCACCCAGCGCCUGGUCUCCGGUCUCGUAGAGGAGAACUCCAACGCUGAGGAUGCCACCGAGACUGAAGGCAAAGAGACGGAUUCGGUGGUUGCGCGGCCGGGCCUAUCAUCCUCCGUACAGCUCAGCACUCCAGGUCAGCUGGAGCGACGGCUACGGAAGGAGCUGCAGAACCAGGGCCUGGUGGACGACUCGGACGGGCCCAGCGCCGUCGCUGAUGAUCAGGUCCUAGCUGAGCUGGAGCGGUGUCAGGCGCGCCUGCGGACCCUCUCAGCUCAUAACGCCAGUCAGCUGGAGCGGCUGCUGCGACUGGCGAAAGCGGAACUUCAGCGACAGGAGCUGCGGGAGAAGCUGGCGGCCACUGACGCACAGGUGCAGGAGGCGUACCAAGCAGUGGCGGCCGCUCGACAGCGCAAGAAGUCACCCUCAAAGAAGGAGCGAGAGGCGGCCUGGAAGGCGCUCAAAGAGCGAGACGCCAUCAUCAAGAUGAUGGACGCGCUGUAAACGUGCAGCUAGGGCGUUUCUACUCAUCACGGGACUCGCAUAAAUCCGGCCAAGUCUGAGUCUGUGCGGGUGGAGAGGCUAGCCACUGGCGGCAGCAGUCACCAGCCGCCACGCAGACAAUGUGAAGUACUCUAACCAAGGUUGUACGAUAGGUUAUUGUUAAGCGUCCAUUGCGCAGAGCGUGGCAUGACGGUUUCGCGCAAAUCAAGAUCAAACUGAUUCACCAAGACUCCACGUUUCUCUAUGCCGGACAGUAUUUUUGUACCGUUUUUUAUGUCUCUCUGGCGAACCGUUAGAACAUCUGUGGCGGUCUGUAAAGUGUGAAUAUCCUCACAUAUUUCUCUUUUUUUACAUGAGUAUCUUUAAUUCAAGAACACAUUUACUGAAAAGAUAUAAACAGCUGCCAACGCUGCAGUAACCGACGGUCCACGGACCACGCGCUGCAGUGUGACGGCGACCGUCGUGAACCACUCGGCCUCGUCCGCAGACCGGUAGAAUGUCUGCAGAGUCACCAUGACGCGUCUCUAUCGCUGGAAGGCUUCUCUAGCCGCCCCCAUCACCAGCAAAGCCAACUGCAGAGCGAUGGCAGCCUUUUUCUGACGCUGAAACAGUCCGUCUGAACGGCCCUCAUGGCCAGCAGAGCACGGCACCGAAUUCGCUGAGUGACACUGACCGUUCCCCGUCUCUGCAGUAAGGUCCCACGUGGGUCUCGCGUGGUCAACAGCGCUCCGAUUUCUGAAGCGGUUCUGAAUAACGGCUGCCGCUUGCUUUUGACGCUGGGAUUUCUCCCUGGUCGCUCUAUGGCCAAAAGGGCACGGUCUUGUCUACGGUGGCAGCCCGUAUCUGUCAAAGGAAUGCCUCUCUGGUCUUCCUCGCCACGUCAGAGAGCGAUACCAUGUCUGGAGCGUCGCCACCGCUCGCUUCUCUGACUGACAUGCAAGCUUUGUUCGUUCAUAGCCACCACGGCAUGGAACCUCGCCUUUAGAGCACAAGUCGCCUGGCGUUAAUCUAGCAACGUCGUCCGCUGUUCCGUCAUCACUAACAAUCAGCGGUACCAUAUCAGAACCCUUACAGUUUUGAUCUCAUUACUUCGCUAAACGGUUGACUCGCCUAAUGUUUAGGUUGAUGGAAGCUGGUGUACAAGUGUAAAUGGAAAACCGCUCGCGGUGGAAAGCUGUGUGCAAUUCGAAUUUCCUCUUCCAUGUCCAGUGUUCAUACUUUGGGAGUAAGUUUUGCUGGUUGUAUUCAUGGUUCUGUCCGAACGUUUGUAUUCGGUUCUUUGUUUGCAUAGCUCGUCGUUUUUUAGUUAUUUGUACUAAUAUGUAAUUUCUGAAUACAUUGUAUGGAAAUG